AUAGCAGCAUCGGUUGGUAUCCCGACAACACCUCCACAUGCAGCUCCACCGAACUCUCAGUCAUCAAACGGACAUAAUAUCCAGAGUUAUCAACAAGCCAUUGGCAUGGACUACCAGUCCCCACCAGUGAUCUCACCUUCCAAUACACCUCAAAGUCAGCUCGUACAAGGUCAUCUACCUCAGCAAGGAUACUCAGCAUCUACUCCAUACUCAUAUCCACAAACGGUUGUGCCAGCCAAUCAGGAGAGUCAAGUUGUAUCGCCCAAUGGACAUCAUUAUUCUGCCGCUUCUGGAACAGGUUCACAAGUACAAGGUCACGCUGGAAAUGACGGCCAGUUUUUUCAUCAACAGCAAUAUCAAGCAGCUCCUCCGAUAAGAAGGUAA